UUAUAUUAACUGAGGAGCUGGAGGCUUUUGUUGUUGUGCUAGGAUCUCAUUCGAUGCUUGCUCUGCAUUAUGGUGCUUUAUAUUGGUGCGAGGUGAAAAGGACCAGUUUCACGUACAUUUCAGGAGUUAACGUGUAUACACAACGUCGACGUUGAACGAGGACAACGUUCAUUGGAUGGGCUGUGUAGUGCGUGGAAAGCUCAUCGAUGUUCGUUGUCAUGCCCUCCUACACUUCUGUCUUCGACUUUCCUUGCGAUGGGCCUCACCACAUUGUUAAUCAAUCAUGCCCUCUUACGAUGUCACCAAUUCACCUUGUCGGUGAUGGAGCUGCCUCAGGCAGCAACGAUUCUUCUGCGAUCGUGGGUGUUUGAACCUUUUUUUUGAUACCACUCG